AUGUCAGUUCGGCCAUCGUCUUCUACGGACGAUCCGCCUUCCAUGCAUUUGGCUGGUGAUGAAGAUGAACUUCCCAAUACCCAGAUGUUACAACGAUAUAUGGUUGACAUUUACGCAAUUACUGGUGCAGUGGAUGAUAUUGGAAUGGUAUAUCGGAAUUUAAGACCAAUAUGGGCGAACAAUGCUGUUUCGUAUUUGGUGGAUCCUUGCAUCAGAAUUUUAUCGAAAAUUCCAAGUUCCAGACCUGCCGUUUUGAAUUAUAUUGGCAUGCUGACACAUGAAGCAACUCAUUUGUAUUUGUCGAAAAAGGAAAAUCCACAUAUCGCAGCCGAUACUGCCAACAUUGAGCGUGCGGUACGGAAGCUUACAAGUGAAUUUCGACGUCUACUGAUUAGAACACAAUCGAAAGGCUUUGCAUUUGAUAUCCUUGUGUGGGCCUGUAAUUUGUUUGUUGAAAUUUGUAAAUAUAACUACGAACGUCCUAUUGCAAAAAAUGCCGGCAUUACGCCACCUGCUUUACUUGCAUUAUUUGAUUCAUGUCCAGCUGUUUCAAGUGUUAUCAAAUUAACCGAUAAGGCGAUUACUUUGCUACUAAAUACUACACCUGACGAAUGUCUCUCUGUACUGAUUGAUGCUUCUGCUCAUGGUUUUUGUUUUGCUUGGAUAUGGUUACAUAUUGCUAUUUCAUUUCCGGAUGCUAUUGUUGCGCAUUUGUUAAAAAUAGGAAUACAAGACUUCAAGAACUACCUCAACACAGUACUGAUUAAUCAAGUACCUGUGGAGUUCCAUGAAAGUUAUAAGCAAAAAUUUCUAUCAAUCUGUGAUGUCUUUGCUUUUCUUGCAACUCAAAACAAUGCUGAAUUAAGAAAUGCAAUGCGAGAAAUGAUAUGCAAUGAUCGAGAAGUUUUGGAAAAUGCAACAACUACCCCAGAACAGUUGCAAAAUUUAUCGUUACCAUUUCUAAUUAAAAUGGUAGCAAAUUCUCCGGAUAUAUUGCGAUUUCUGGUGCAUAAUGUUUACGAUUUGGUGACAAGAGGUUUUAUUAUCAAUGGGGCAAAAUACAUAUCACAACUAAACAAGCAAUGGCUACUGCCUGUGUUACCGAAUACAGAAUAUACUUAUACUGCAUUUAUGCGUCAAAUAACAUUUUAUUUAAAUUCGGAUGCUUUAGCACAUAUCGUGGAACUGAUGUUACCAAUAGCUUUCAACGAUAACAUUUUUGAAAAAUUCGGUAACUACGAUCAAGCGUUCCAAAUGUCAAUGAAAGACAGCGCGUUACAAAUUUUGACAGAAAUCAUUGGAAUGGUGGUGUCACUGGUUCAUAAUCAAGCAAUGUAUAAUGUCGGCGAAAGUGCUCUCUUGAAACGGUGUGCGUGUAGUUUUGAAAUUCUGGAAGAAACUGUACAAAAUUCGAUGGCUGGAAGAGAAAGAUCAAAAUUAUUUAUUCCAUAUGUACAUGCAUUUUGCAUUGCUUCUGGUCCUGUACGUACGGCAGAAAUUAUCGCGAGGUACAUUAUUGAAGCAAAAGAUGAAAGACAACUUACUUGUCUCAUUUCGUUAUUAGCAUCGUUAAUUAUUUUUGCACCGAAUACUUCUGAAGAUGCGAUGACAAAUUUUUUUGCUAAUCGUACAACGUUAAUGCUCGAGAAGAAACGUAGAUCUUCGAAGAAACUUGUUCAAAUUAAUAGUUUGCCUAAUGCCACAUUCUUCGAAGAUGAUUUUUAUGAUGUCAAAUGGUUACACAAUUUGCGCACUUUAAACGAGUGGGAAAAAGUGUCAGAUGAUGAACAUGUUAUCAAAUACAUAAGAUUCGAAAUGUCAAAGCAUUACGGUGAAUUGGCGACUGAAGUUUUGAGGUGGACGCUGGAUGUUUUAUCUAGUUUAAAACGGAACGAAAAGACUGGAGAAUCUAUCAAAGCAAUGAGGGAUUCUGCAGUAGAAGCGACUUUAUCAUUGUGCUCAUCAAUAGGACCACCACCGGUUCUCGAGCCAAGAUACCCUUACAAAUUAAGCGCACAAUUUGCAUCGUUGAUAGUUUUAUUGCUUGAUUAUGUAGGCCGAGGUGAAGAUGACUCAACAGGAUUUCCUUUAUUUACAAAUGCAUGCGCAUGUGCUAACGAAUUCUUAACUUCACAAGUAGGAUACGUUCGAGAGCAAUUCAUCAUUCAUUUGCUUGAUGAAGCUUUUGCGAAAGCAUCGCACUUAUUUGGUUGCUCGUCACUAAAUGCAUGGGAAACGGAAUUGCAAUUUUCGGGCAGUUUUCAGCAAGUAAAUCAUUCAACUGAUGUAUUAGAUGCUGAAGAAAACGAUGAAUUGGAAGAAUCAUUGUUUGAUUUAGCUCGAAAAUUACCAUUAUAUCAGCAGAAGGCUGUGCAUUUGGCACAUUCAGGAGUUAUUGGUCGAGGAGCGAAGCGAAUGGAAGUUAAAAAUGUUAAGAACGGAAAUAUGAUGCGCCGUUUGGUUUUCUUCGAAUGCCUCCAACAAUUCUGCAGUGCAGUUGGUUCGGAUAGAAAUUUGAUGCCAUAUCAGCAUGUUUACAAGCAACUAGCAAUACGAUUAACGGAUCGAGUUUGCAAAGAUGGUCUUGCCGCUAGUUUUGUUUGGGAAGAGUGGGAUCAGGCACGUGAGAUUAUCCCGAGGUAUAUCGCAGUUUCGAAAAGACUUGCCGAAAUUCCAGUCAUGUGGGAUGUGAUGUUGGCCUUGGCGGAGGUGCAUCCUUGUUUGUGGUACUGUUGUCCGCUCUUGAAAGCGUACCUUGCUGUUAUUAUGAUACAAUUUGAAAAUUGUUCGGAUCAGAAAUCUCUACCACGUAAACAACUUACUAGUAUGCUUGAUAAAUGGUUUUUAUUAGCUCGUAAGGGCCAAAUGUUGCCGCAACAGAUGGCUUAUUAUUUUGAAUUAAUUACGAGGGUGAGCUAUCGCGAAGGAUUCGUUAUUUUACUUGAUGUUUGGCAAUAUUUUCAGAGUGUUUUGGAUGCGGAAGUAUCAGCGGCGAAUAUGAUCAAUGCUGCGUUUGAUCGGUCGUUGAAUUCAUCUAUCAAUCCUAUUGAGGGUGAUCCAAUGAAAUUCCGCGAAUCAUGUCGCCUUGUCAUACAGCGAAAUAUUGCAAAGCUCGGUUUUAUUUUUCCACUAAUAUUUGCCGAUGAGCUGAAUUAA